CCAUACGCCGGCGUUCGAGCCCGUGCGGUGCCGGGGCAGGUAACCCCGCGGCCGCCUGAAAUCUAUAUAAAGCGCCGCACAAGCACUGGAGCCUUCAGAUGCGCUUUGAGCGCACCCGGAGCAGGAGGGAAAAAAGGGGAAGGGGAUAAACUGUUGCAGGGGCGGGCUGGUCACUUCAAAGGCUAGCCCACAGUUGGGAAGGCUUACCGGUGCGAUUGUACCUGUUUCGUCUCGGAAAGUAGGGGUUUUUAAUAGUUAUCGGUUUUUAAAAAAAAAAAAUAAGGUUUUAUUUCCCUCUCCCUCCACCCCUGACGAGACGUCGCUUGGCUUCUGGGAGUUUGAACCAUGCAAGGACCUCCUUCCGGAGACAGCGCAUGCCCACUGCGCACCAUCAGAAGGGUCCAGUUUGGCAUCCUCAGUCCAGAUGAGAUGAAACGAAUGUCUGUGACUGAGGGAGGAAUAAAGUACUCUGAGACCACCGAAGGAGGCCGGCCCAAGUUGGGUGGCCUGAUGGACCCUCGCCAAGGUGUCAUUGAAAGAACUGGAAGAUGCCAGACUUGUGCAGGUAACAUGACCGAAUGUCCUGGUCACUUUGGACAUAUCGAACUGGCAAAGCCUGUCUUUCAUGUUGGCUUUCUUACAAAGACGAUGAAAGUUCUCCGGUGUGUCUGUUUCUUCUGUUCCAAGUUGCUGGUAGAUUCCAAUAAUCCCAAAAUCAAAGACAUCCUGAUCAAAUCGAAGGGGCAGCCCCGGAAACGCCUCACUCAUGUCUAUGACCUGUGCAAAGGGAAGAACAUCUGUGAGGGGGGCGAGGAGAUGGACAACAAGUUCGGAGUGGAGCAACAAGAGGGUGAGGAAGAUCUCACCAAGGAGAAGGGUCACGGAGGCUGUGGUCGCUACCAGCCUCGCAUUCGGAGGGUGGGCCUGGAGUUGUAUGCUGAGUGGAAACAUGUGAACGAAGACUCUCAAGAGAAGAAGAUCCUGCUGAACCCAGAGCGCGUGUACGAGAUCUUCAAGCGGAUCACGGACGAGGAGUGCGUGAUCCUGGGUAUGGAUCCCAAGUAUGCGAAGCCAGAAUGGAUGAUUCUAACGGUUCUUCCUGUGCCGCCGCUCUCUGUGCGUCCUGCUGUUGUCAUGCAGGGCUCUGCCCGAAACCAGGAUGACCUGACCCACAAACUGGCUGACAUUGUGAAAAUUAACAAUCAGCUGAGGAGAAAUGAACAGAAUGGAGCCGCAGCUCACGUCAUUGCUGAGGACGUCAAACUCCUGCAGUUUCAUGUGGCCACCAUGGUUGACAAUGAGCUGCCUGGACUGCCAAGGGCAAUGCAAAAGUCAGGCCGCCCACUGAAGUCCCUCAAACAGAGGCUGAAGGGGAAGGAAGGGCGUGUCCGUGGAAACCUAAUGGGAAAACGUGUGGAUUUCUCAGCACGUACAGUCAUCACGCCUGAUCCCAACCUCUCCAUCGACCAGGUUGGUGUGCCACGAUCCAUUGCUGCCAACAUGACCUUCCCAGAAAUCGUCACGCCAUUCAACAUUGACAGGCUCCAAGAGUUGGUGAGGAGAGGAAACAACCAGUAUCCUGGUGCCAAGUACAUCAUCCGGGACAACGGUGAUCGAAUUGAUUUGCGCUUUCAUCCCAAACCCAGUGACCUUCAUCUUCAAAUCGGCUACAGAGUGGAAAGGCACAUGUGCGACGGUGACAUUGUCAUCUUCAACCGACAGCCCACGCUGCACAAAAUGUCCAUGAUGGGCCACAAGGUGCGGAUCCUACCCUGGUCAACCUUUCGUCUCAAUCUCAGUGUGACCACUCCAUACAAUGCUGAUUUUGAUGGUGAUGAAAUGAAUCUUCACUUGCCCCAGUCCCUGGAAACCCGAGCAGAGAUCCAGGAGCUGGCCAUGGUGCCCAGGAUGAUAGUCACCCCUCAGUCCAACAGGCCCGUCAUGGGCAUUGUGCAGGACACACUGACAGCUGUGCGCAAGUUCACCAAGCGGGACGUCUUCAUGGACCGGGGCGAAGUCAUGAACCUGUUGAUGCAUCUCUCAACCUGGGAUGGGAAAGUUCCCCAACCUUCCAUCCUGAAACCGAGGCCGCUCUGGACUGGCAAGCAGAUCUUCACCCUGGUCAUCCCAGGCCACGUCAACUGUAUUCGCACCCACAGCACUCACCCAGACGAAGAGGACAAUGGCCCUUACAAACACAUCUCACCAGGUGACACAAAGGUGGUUGUGGAGAACGGAGAGCUGAUCAUGGGCAUCCUGUGCAAAAAAUCGCUGGGUACGUCAGCUGGGUCCCUGGUACAUAUCACCUUCCUGGAGAUGGGCCAUGACAUCACACGGCUGUUCUACAGCAACAUCCAGACGGUCAUCAACAACUGGUUAUUGAUUGAAGGACACACGAUUGGUAUUGGAGACUCCAUUGCUGAUGCUAAAACUUACCAGGACAUUCAGAACACCAUUAAAAAGGCCAAACAGGAUGUGAUUGAGGUCAUUGAGAAAGCUCACAACAACGAGUUGGAGCCCACUCCUGGUAACACCCUGAGGCAAACCUUCGAGAACCAGGUCAACCGAAUCCUGAACGAUGCCCGUGAUAAGACUGGCUCCUCUGCACAGAAAUCCCUCUCUGAAUACAACAACUUCAAAUCCAUGGUCGUGGCUGGCUCCAAAGGAUCGAAGAUUAACAUUUCACAGGUUAUUGCUGUGGUCGGACAGCAGAACGUGGAGGGGAAGCGAAUUCCCUUUGGUUUUAAGCACCGUACGCUGCCACACUUCAUUAAGGAUGACUACGGUCCUGAGAGCAGAGGCUUUGUGGAGAACUCUUACCUCGCUGGCCUGACCCCUACAGAGUUCUUCUUCCAUGCAAUGGGAGGCAGAGAGGGUCUGAUUGAUACCGCUGUGAAGACUGCAGAAACUGGUUACAUUCAGAGACGGUUAAUCAAGUCUAUGGAAUCUGUGAUGGUGAAAUAUGAUGCAACAGUCCGCAACUCCAUCAACCAAGUGAUCCAGCUGCGUUAUGGAGAAGAUGGGCUGGCAGGGGAGUGUGUGGAGUUCCAAAACCUGGCAUCAGUGAAACCAUCCCACAAAAACUUUGAGAAGAAGUUCAAACUGGAGUACAACAAUGAACGAAGUUUACGCAGGACCCUGCAGGAAGACAUUGUGAAGGAGAUCCUCAGCAAUGCUGCCAUCCAGAAUGAGCUGGAAGUGGAGUUUGAGAGGAUGAAGGAAGACCGAGAGGUUCUGAGGGCUGUGUUCCCCACUGGAGACAGCAAGGUGGUGCUGCCCUGUAACCUCCUGCGAAUGAUCUGGAAUGCUCAAAAAAUCUUCCACAUUAACACUCGGACGGUGACUGAUCUACAUCCAAUCCGUGUGAUUGAAGGGGUGAAGGAGCUGAGUAAGAAGCUAAUCAUUGUGAAUGGUGAAGAUCCCCUGAGUCGCCAGGCUCAGGAGAACGCUACGCUGCUGUUCAACAUCCACCUGCGCUCCACUCUCUGCAGUCGACGUAUGACUGAGGAAUUCCGGCUCAGCGGAGAGGCCUUCGAGUGGCUGCUGGGGGAGAUCGAAGCCAAGUUCAACCAGUCCAUUGCACACCCUGGGGAGAUGGUGGGUGCUUUGGCUGCCCAGUCGCUGGGAGAGCCUGCCACACAGAUGACCCUGAACACCUUCCACUACGCUGGUGUGUCAGCCAAGAACGUCACACUGGGUGUCCCUCGUCUGAAGGAGCUGAUCAAUAUCUCUAAGAAGCCAAAGACCCCCUCGCUCACGGUCUUCCUGCUGGGCCAGUCCGCCCGGGAUGCAGAACGUGCCAAGGAUAUCCUGUGCCGACUGGAGCACACCACCUUGAGGAAGGUCACGGCCAACACUGCCAUCUAUUACGACCCUGACCCCCAGAACACUGUGGUCUCAGAGGACCAGGAGUGGGUCAAUGUCUACUACGAAAUGCCAGACUUUGACGUGACAAGGAUCUCCCCCUGGCUUCUACGCAUCGAGCUUGACCGUAAGCACAUGACUGACCGAAAGCUGACCAUGGAGCAGAUUGCAGAGAAAAUCAACGCUGGUUUCGGUGAUGAUUUAAACUGCAUCUUUAAUGAUGACAAUGCGGAGAAACUGGUUCUCAGAAUUCGGAUCAUGAACAGUGACGAGAAUAAAUUUCAAGAGCAAGAGGAGGAAGUGGUGGAUAAGAUGGAUGAUGAUGUGUUCCUGCGCUGUAUUGAAUCGAACAUGCUGACAGACAUGACACUACAGGGGAUUGAACAGAUCAGCAAGGUGUACAUGCAUCUCCCUCAGACUGACAACAAAAAGAAGAUCAUUAUUACAGAGGAUGGGGAGUUUAAGGCUCUCCAGGAGUGGAUUCUGGAGACAGAUGGAGUCAGCCUCAUGAGGGUGCUGAGUGAGAAGGAUGUGGAUCCAGUCCGUACAACAUCCAACGACAUUGUGGAGAUCUUCACGGUUCUGGGAAUUGAAGCCGUGCGGAAAGCCUUGGAGCGGGAGCUGUAUCACGUCAUCUCCUUCGAUGGCUCCUACGUUAACUAUCGCCACUUGUCGCUGCUGUGUGACACCAUGACAUGCCGGGGUCACUUGAUGGCCAUCACCCGUCACGGAGUGAACAGGCAGGAUACCGGGCCACUGAUGAAGUGUUCCUUUGAGGAGACGGUGGAUGUUUUAAUGGAGGCCUCAGCUCACGGUGAGAUGGACCCAAUGAAGGGGGUGUCUGAGAACAUCAUGCUGGGCCAGCUCGCCCCAGCAGGAACCGGAUCGUUUGACCUGCUGCUCGAUGCUGAGAAAUGCAAGUACGGCAUGGAGAUCCCAACCAACAUCGGGGGCCUGGGAGUCGGAGGCCCUACCGGGAUGUUCUUUGGCUCUGCCCCCAGCCCAAUGGGAGGGAUGUCUCCAGCAAUGACCCCAUGGAAUCAGGGGGCAACUCCAGCUUAUGGAGCCUGGUCCCCCAGUGUGGGCAGUGGAAUGACCCCGGGAGCUGCCGGCUUCUCUCCCAGUGCAGCGUCCGAUGCUAGUGGCUUCAGUCCCGGAUACUCUCCAGCAUGGUCCCCCACCCCCGGCUCUCCUGGAUCCCCUGGUCCAUCCAGUCCCUACAUUCCUUCUCCAGGUGGAGCAAUGUCUCCCAGUUACUCACCAACCUCUCCUGCCUAUGAGCCAAGGUCUCCUGGUGGUUAUACUCCUCAGAGCCCCAGCUACUCACCCACCUCACCCUCCUACAGUCCCACCUCACCCUCCUACUCCCCCACCAGCCCGAACUACAGUCCGACCAGCCCCAGCUACAGUCCGACAUCCCCCAGCUACAGCCCGACAUCCCCCAGCUACAGCCCGACCAGUCCCUCCUACUCCCCCACCUCCCCUUCAUAUUCCCCCACUAGCCCCAGUUACUCCCCAACCUCCCCUAGUUACUCACCAACUAGUCCCAGUUACAGCCCGACUUCACCCAGUUACUCCCCAACCAGUCCCUCAUACAGCCCUACCUCGCCCAGUUACUCCCCGACCUCCCCCUCCUAUUCCCCCACCUCACCAUCUUACAGCCCCACCUCUCCUAGUUAUUCUCCCACCUCCCCCAACUAUACUCCCACCUCCCCCAACUACAGCCCCACCAGCCCCAGUUACAGUCCCACUUCUCCCAGUUAUACCCCCACCUCUCCCAACUACAGUCCCACCUCACCCAGUUACAGUCCCACUUCUCCCAGUUACAGCCCUACCUCCCCCAGUUACUCUCCCUCCAGCCCUCGCUACACCCCUCAGUCACCAACCUACACUCCCAGCUCUCCCAGUUACAGCCCCAGCAGCCCAAGUUACUCCCCAACCAGCCCCAAAUACUCCCCCACCAGCCCCUCCUAUAGCCCCAGCUCUCCAGAAUACACACCUACGUCUCCAAAAUACAGCCCCACCAGCCCCAAAUACAGUCCCACCAGCCCGAAAUAUUCCCCGACCUCCCCUACCUACUCUCCCACCACACCCAAGUACAGCCCGACCAGCCCCACCUACUCCCCCCCCUCCCCCGUAUACACCCCCACCUCUCCCAAGUACUCACCCACCUCUCCCACCUAUUCUCCUACCUCCCCAAAAUAUUCACCCACCUCUCCCACCUACUCUCCCACCAGCCCCAAGGGCUCAACCUACUCUCCCACUUCCCCGGGCUACUCUCCCACUUCACCGACCUACAGCCUCACCAGUCCAGCCAUCAGCCCCGAGGACAGCGACGAGGAGAACUGAGGCUGAGAGGGGGACCGAGCGAGAACCUGGCUCCUCCAUGGCCUGUGUGUGCAGUUGGCACCUGUCUGCACCUCCUACUAUCAAGGCUCUCGCCCUGUUUCAACUGGACUCAAACUUGCUGAUGUUUCAUGUUUGCUGUUGGGGGAAUGAAGGAGCAGUGCAAUUCUGGAACGUUUUUAAAAAUAAAUGCAAGAUACAGAAGAAGGAAAAAUCUAAACUGUAUAAUUUGAAUAUAUAUAUACUUUUUGUUUUGGACCUUUUCUUUUGAAUUCUGGGUGCAGUGCCUGGGCUGCAGUGAGAAUUUUAGGCAGUGUUUACCCACCACUGCACCUGGACCAGUGUGAAUUUCCAUUCUUGUGUUCUGUGGGAAAUAAAUGCUCCUCUGCCAUUUUUUUGUCAGAUGUUCCCUGGGUAACGUAGGCUCUCUGUCAAGCUCCUAAUGGGUUUCUUUAUACAUGGACAUAAAAGUGCUUUAAGGAUGGUGAUCAGAGAGUGUGUUACCCUAUUUCUGAGGAGCCUGUGCCUGGGUAACUCUCAUUGAGAGGGGUAGGCAUCAGCGACUAACCAAUCGGAUGGAUGUGUGAAAUACAUGACCAUUUCCCUGUUUCCCUCCACCCCCACAUUCAGCAGAGAAUGGGCCCUUUUUUUUUAGGGUAGGGUGGGGUACUGGAUGUUUCUUAAACAGACUUGUUCUGAUGUGACUCUUGUGACUUAACUGUAAAAACAGGAUAUGAAAGGUGUUUAAAAAGGGGCAGCAUUUACCUGCCUGAUUUAUGUACAGAACAUUUACUAGUCUUUUCCUGUUUUCUCUUUGGAAAUGUUGGAAAUAUACUUAAAUAAAGUUUUACUAAUUUUUGUGGA